GUGCUUCUAUUCACAAUUAUAUUGAUGUCAGUCGGGGUUGCUGGUAGCGCAGGCGCGGAUCUACCCCCGGAUCUGGUCGACGACGGGCGGGGGUCGUACGAAAUGGUCGAUAUUUUAGCUAUAGCCAAGCGGGUGGUCUACGGUGCGCGAGACGCUUCAACGAGAUCGGUCAGUCCAGUCUCCUUAUAUUCGCUGUUACGAAAUAAACUCCCCCUAUCGUGUGCCGUGCUGGUCAGUGCGAGACAUCUCACAUCGCGAGGGCGCGUUGUUGCAACGAGAGGAAAUAUCUCCCGUCUGCGCUUGGCCGCCCGCUUCAUCCCUCUCCUCGCGAACCCCCCUCGUGCGUUAAAUAUUAAUCGAUCGGCAGCCGAGCGCAGCGCAGCGCGUGGUGCAUCCCGUCCGUCGUCGCAUCUCUCCGCUCUCGUCGCAGCCGACAACCGACGGCGAAUCCGUGCGGGAUUUCCCACGUCGACGAUCACAGCGAGGAGCGAUCCGUCGUCCGCGAAGGGAGACAGCUUCCUUCCCCAUCCCCAGGGAGUGACUCUUCCAGAUGGCGCGUCAGGAUGGCAGAGAUGCCGCGGAUCAAAACUUCGAUUAUAUGUUUAAACUGCUGAUAAUUGGCAACUCGUCUGUUGGCAAGACUUCCUUCCUCUUUCGCUACGCAGACGAUUCUUUUACUUCAGCUUUUGUGUCAACCGUAGGGAUCGACUUUAAGGUGAAGACCGUCUUCAGACACGACAAAAGGGUCAAGUUACAAAUCUGGGACACGGCGGGUCAGGAAAGAUACAGAACGAUCACGACGGCCUACUACAGAGGCGCGAUGGGUUUCAUUUUAAUGUAUGACAUCACAAACGAGGAGUCCUUUAAUUCAGUCCAGGAUUGGGUCACGCAAAUAAAGAACUACUCGUGGGACAACGCCCAAGUAAUUCUUGUGGGCAACAAGUGCGAUAUGGAAGAAGAAAGGGUGAUCAGUACCGAAAGGGGAAAACAGUUGGCGGAGCAAUUAGGAGUACGAUUCUUUGAAACUUCGGCCAAAGAGAACAUCAACGUCAAGGCGGUGUUCGAGCAGCUGGUGGACAUAAUAUGCGACAAGAUGAGCGAAUCUCUGGACAAUGAUCCAACUCUGAUGGGGGCGGGCGGUAUGGGUCAGAACAAGGGCCAACGACUCACCGAUCAGCCGACCAAUCCAGCGAACGCUAACUGUAAUUGCUAAAAAAAAUGCGACGACACGCAGAAGAAGGAGAAAAACCGAGAGAUCGUAUUUUGUGCGUGUGUCUGCGCGCAUGUGUGCACGUGUGUGUUACGUGUGUUAGAAAAAGGGAGAAAGAAGGAGAGAAAGAGAAAUAGAAAGAAAGGAGAAGGAAGUGUCGUGUGCGACGCUGGUGUGUUAACUAGUCCACUUAAUACUUCGUCGUUUCCCCUCGUUAUGUUAUUUAUUUGAAAAUUCGACUUUCGUUCUCACCUGUUUUCUUUCACCCUUUCUCGGCGCGAGAUGAUAUAUAUGGAUAAUGUACGCUAUAUAUAUAUAUACAUAAUGAUUGUGAUCAUCGAGGUGGCAACCAAGUUAGCCAACGACCGUCAAAUGAACGGUUGCGGUUCUCCAUUCGGUUCAUCCAUUUGAUAGUCAAAGAUGAACUUGAUAUAAUUUCCGAAAGUUCAAAUUUCCAUGUUGCAGACACGCGAAAAUGCGUUUUCCAUUUUGCGAUUUCCAGUAGUCGCGUUUUAAUUAUCAGAAAUAAAUGUCAAUUGUAAUGGUCAUACAAAUUCACGCUCUCGAAGGUUAAUUAAAUUUAAUUGCUUCCUUUGAAAGCCAAAAGAAGGACAAGAUCCAAUUAGUCGCAGUUAGCAUUAAUUAUCUGAAUAAAAAUUUUUGCAGCAACAAAAA